UGGGCCUGGGCUGCACUCACUUGGUCACCCGGCCCCGUUCGGGCUCCACGCUGCACUCCCACUAAAAAAACCUCAAGUCGCACAGCAGCCAGAGCGGCGGCCGGCGGGGUACCCACCGGCGCGGCGCGGACGGCCAAUCGACCAUUCGACCCCUGCUGCCGGCGCGAUCUCUCCGGUACCCACCUCUUCCUUCUCCCCUCAUAUCCCGGCCUACUCUUCUGCUCGCUCACUGGAGCUUUCUUCGCUCCUUCCGCCGUGUCCGCUGGCCUUGCAGGAAUGAUGGUAGCAUACAAGAAACCACACCCGCAGCCACAGUCGUCGUGGUCAGACCUCCCGCUGGACAUAGUAGGCCUUGUUCUCAGCCUGCUCCCCGAGUACGCCGACCGUGCCGUCUUUGCUGCGGUGUGCCCGCACUGGCGUGCGGCCGCGAGGCAGCAGCUCGUGCCCCCGCCACUGCCUCUUCUCGCGCUCCCAGACGGCACCUUCUACAGCAUCUUGUACCCUAGGCUCUAUUCCUUCCCUGGUUGCGGCUUUGCAGGGUACGAGAGUGUCUGUGGCAGCUGGCUCGUCUUCCCACGUGACGACGGGUGCUUCCUGGUCAAUCCAUUCUCCAGGGCCACCGUCACGCUCCCUGCUCUCUCCUGCGUCCGACUCCGUCCUCCAAAUGCAGUCGCUAAGUGGUCACUCGAGGAUGGGUCAAAAGUUGCCGACCCUUACAUCACAUGGAUGCAUAUCAAUACAUCGGAAAAGCUGCACAUAAGUAAGCUAAUCCCGUGCUCGCCAAACCUUGUUGCUGCACUGGUUGGCAUUGGACACACCAGCCAGAUUCUACUGUGCCAGCCAGGGGCCUCGUCGUGGUCAGUGCGUGCUUACGAUCAGUGUAAGGGGUUUGAAGACAUGGCGUUCUACCAGGGCAAGCUCUACGCCAUUGCCAAUGACGAGAACCUCCUUGUGGUGAACAUCAGCCAGGACCAUAGCACCGGCGAUCCACAGGUUUCUCGGAUUGGACAAAUCAUCAAGGGUGAGCCAUGGUAUCCAGUUGUGUUGGAAGACAACACUAUGCCCUGCAAGAAGCUCUACCUGGUUGAAUCGCAUGGGGCACUGCUGAUGGUACGAAGGGCAAUUUGGUGCCGGGUACCUGGACCUGGAGUGCCUGGUGAAGUUAUUGCUGGAGUGAGCAGGUUUGAGGUUUUCAAGGCCGACUUUGAGCAUUCAUGGUGGGUCAAGGUGUCGACCAUGGGGGAUGACCAAGUGCUGUUUCUAGGGCGAAGGUGCUCCAGGGCCAUGUCUGUGUCUCAGUACGGGCUGUCGGGUGAUUAUAUCUUCUUCUUGGAUGAUGAUGAGGAGAAUCGUACGGACUACUGCUACGACAAGGAGAACACUUCUUUCAGCGCCUAUGACAUGAGAUCCAGCAGUGUCCUUCCGGCAUGUCCCAGUAUUUUCUGGAAGUGUUGUGAUGAGAUGCGUCUGGCUGCAUGGCUCUUCCCUGAGGACCGAUGAGAAUGUGUCAUAAUGUUCUAUAUAUGCAAGCUGCUCCGAGGUUAUCUAGCCAUGCUAUAGAUGUUGUUGUUCCGGGGUUAUUCUCCAACUUUCUCAUAAGUUAUCUAUCUGACUGCGGUAGUAUAUGGUGGUUGGUAUAGUGUUCACUGGUUCCCCUACAAUCCGUGAAAUGCAUUAGUAGUAGAAAAUAGUAAUAUUGCUGCUGUCUAUCUGAGCUUUGUUACUCUGCUAAGUGCUGUUUGUUCAUCAGUGCUUGUCUGAAGUUGUUGUGGUGGUUACUACUAUGGUGGUUUUUGAUUACUAAAAUGGUUGUUGCUGUGCCUACGAAAGAUCUUAAAAUGCAUCACUGCUUAAUCUUUGACUGAGUGGUCUCUCUUUUUCUUUCUUUCUUUUUCUGCGAUGAAUUGGCAUGGCGUUCUUUUUUUUUUGGCUGACUACCUUGUAAUGCGCAUCUUGUGCUGCUCGUGAGGUCUGUUUGAUUUGAUUUGAGAUUCAGCUAGUCAGUGCUUCGGAAGUAUUUUAUCUGUGCAAUCGCAGUAAAUUUAUUGCUCCUCUUCACCGGUUGACGGCGAAAUAAAAUGGAAUUGCCACACCUGACAGCCACCUUUUCGUGCCGUUAUUUCAAAAGCACGAAGUUAAUUUGAAAGGCUACUUAUGAACCCAGUAAUGCUAAAAUGGAGCAGACAGGGGAGCAGUGCCAUUAGAAUGAGCUGUGGGUGUUGAUUUGCACUGCGCCAGGGAUCAUCUGGUGCAUGUCUCCUCUGCUUAAUUCAUACUCUUAGAUUUCUCUUUCUAUAUUUGUGUCCAGAAAACAAUAGUUUUGUAACUUUCGUUACUCCAGUGCACGCAUGCCAUAACCCUGCAGAACAAAUUAAACUUGGAACAUGAUCAGAUCAGCUAAGUGAUUGCCAGUGCCUAUCGGGUCAUGUUUUCAGAGAAGUAUGUGGACUCAUGUUAAAUAUUAAUGCACACCUGGACCUAGAUUUAUUAACAUGCCGGCAAAGUAGUCAACAAGGUGUUUCAGUUUUUCCAUAUAUUCCUAAAAGUACUUCAUCCCGAUCUUGAAAAACCGAAGAACUAGCUUCAUUGAUUGGUCCUUUUUUUUCUUUUCCUUUUUGCUCUCAUAUGUAUUGUUUCUUAAUUAUUAUUAAAAAAUUGAAUGAAACCUACCCGAUAUUGUGGGUUUAUGCCCUUGUGACACCAUCUAAAAUCUCAUCAAUUCCAGGCUUCGGGCUUGUAUCUGAUCAUUUGAUAUUGUUCUACUUAUUAAUAUCAUUUGUUCCCUCUGUAAAGAAAUAUAAGAGCGUUUAGAUAACUAAAGUAGUACAUUUUUAAAAAUAAUUAUGUUUGUUUAUCAAAUGCACUUUUUUUUGUGAGGAAAAGCAUGUUCGAAGAUUCCUUAACUUUUUGCAUACUAGUAAGUGUGCACGUGCAAUGCACGUCAACCCAUGCAAAAAAAAACUUAGUGGGAUAUUUAAGUGAUGAGUUCAUAGUUCAAAC